AUGGCGGAAACGAUGUCGGAUCCGGGUAAAACGGGGUCGGAAACCGUCCCUUUAGGGCGGAAAUUCGCUCCGUUUCUCGCUACGACGAACCGUUUCCGAGAUACGGCGGCUACAAUCCUUGGAGGACAAGAAACGGGCGUCAACGAGUACCCUUCGAUGGCGGGGCUGGUAAAUCUGAACCCUUUCAUCAUAAUUUGCGGGGCUAGCAUAAUCUCUGAAUUUUUCGUGUUGACCGCCGGUCAUUGCGUCUACAAUAGAGAUCGCAGCACGUUUUCGGUUUUAGUGGGCGGGCACAACAUCACUUCAGGACAAGAAACGGGCGUCAACGAGUACCCUUCGAUGGCGGGGCUGGUAAAUCUGAACCCUUUCAUCAUAAUUUGCGGGGCUAGCAUAAUCUCUGAAUUUUUCGUGUUGACCGCCGGUCAUUGCGUCUACAAUAGAGAUCGCAGCACGUUUUCGGUUUUAGUGGGCGGGCACAACAUCACUUCAGGCAACAAAAUCGUUUCGUCGGCAACGAAUUUGGAACUUUGCGUCGGAAACCCGAUCCAGGUGUGUCGAUACAUUAACGCCUACGUCAAUAAGGGGUUAGACGUAGCGAACAUCCAAUGCGUUGAGAUGCAAGUGAAUACGACCACCGGUACGAUCGAUUGGAACGAGGCAGCGGCAUUCCUUAAAAUGAGAUAUAUCGGACCGCACGAGGCGGUCUAUCGCAUCUUGGGAAAUGGGAAGGGGACGAGGUGGCCGUAG